CUCCGCCCACCCCUUCCCCAGAGAUGCCGCCACCACCACUCUAAACCUCGCUGCCCCAUUUCAGCUCCCACCACCGCCCGCCCACUCCACCACCCGGCCAGCCCAGCACUCCACCCGCACGCGCACUCCCCGCGCCAUGGCGUCCCACCUCCGCCUCCACCUCGCCGCCCCACCACCUCUCCUCCUCCACCACCGCCGCCGUCUCCACCUCCCCCGCCUCCCGCGGCCGCCCGGCGGCCGCCCCUCCCUGAACCCCGCCCUGGCGCCGCUCCUCCCUCUUUCCCCGCCUCCUCCUCUCCCGCGCCCCGGGCCGUCGGGGGCGGCGCGGAGGACGUGGGCGGUGGCGGGCUCGUGGGGAAGGACUUCCGCCGCGUUCCGGCUCGGGGACCAGAGCCGUGGCGUCGUGGGCGUACUUGCCGCGAUACUCGCCACCGUGCCUAGAGCGCUCAACGUGCUGUGGAUCGACCCCGGCGCCGGGGUCGGGACCAAGUUCCUAGACGCCGUCGCCUCUGUCUCCGACAGCCACGAGGUUGUUAUGUUGGUCCUUACCAUCAUUUUUGCUGUAUUCCAUAGUGGUAUGGCAAGCCUACGGGAAAGCGGGGAAAAAAUAAUAGGGGAGCGUGCUUACCGCGUGCUGUUUGCUGGAAUCUCAUUGCCUUUAGCAGUUACUACUAUUGUAUAUUUCAUAAAUCAUCGCUAUGAUGGCAUUCAAUUGUGGCAAGUUCAGGGCAUCACUGGCAUCCAUGAACUUGUUUGGCUCUCAUCAUUCAUCUCUUUCUUCUUUCUUUAUCCAUCUACUUUCAAUCUAUUGGAAGUGGCAGCUGUAGACAAGCCCAAAUUGCAUAUGUGGGAAACUGGAAUAAUGCGAAUCACCAGACAUCCACAGAUGGUUGGCCAGGUAAUUUGGUGCCUUGCUCAUACACUAUGGAUUGGCAACUCGGUUGCUGUCGCAGCCUCCGUUGGACUGAUUGGCCACCACCUGUUUGGUGCUUGGAAUGGCGACAGGAGGCUGGCAUCACGCUAUGGUGAAGCCUUUGAAGUCCUGAAGAAGAGAACCAGUGUUGUUCCUUUCGCUGCAAUCGUUGAUGGACGGCAGAAACUGCCCAAAGAUUAUUACAAGGAGUUCUUCCGGUUACCCUAUUUUGCAAUCACAUCUUUAACCUUGGGUGCAUACUUGGCUCAUCCCUUGAUGCAGGCAUCCAGCUACCAACUUCCCUGGUAGUAUAAACAGAUGUACAUAUGUUCAUUACUGAAGAAAACAAAGUAAGAAAUGGAAGUUUUGUUCUCCAGUAUACUUUGUUGAACACCAUAAUCUUAUACGUACAAAUAUUAAUCUGUGGUAUCGUCCUUCAAA